UAUUCAAUUACUUUGCAGCCCGAUAUCCAGGGCUGAAUAUACUGGCAGCAUGGAGCGAGGGCGAUCCUCCUACAAAGUUGUCACAAGAUCACAGAAUUGCCAAGUACAAUAUUUUCUCUGGAACUUCAAUGUCUUGCCCUCAUGUGGCUGCUGCGGCUGCACUUCUCAAAGCCAUACACCCUACUUGGAGCAAUGCCGCAAUAAGAUCUGCCUCAUGACCACAGUCGGGUUAAUAAACAACAUGGGUUUGCCAUUGGGCGACCAAUCUGGCAAUCCAGCCACUCCCUUUGCAUAUGGCUCCGGCCACUUCCGGCCCACAAAAGCUUCGGACCCCGGUCUAGUAUACGACGCCUCAUAUACCGACUACCUUCUCUACUUAUGCAGCAUUGGCUCAAUCAAGUGUCUGACAGUUCCACCCACACCAGAUAACCUCAACUAUCCGUCCUUGGCAAUCUCCAAACUCAAUGGAACCGUCACCGUUAAGAGGACAGUCACAAAAGUUGGUCACCACAAGAGUGUGUACUUCUUUACUUCCAGACCACCUUUGGGAUUCUCCAUAAAGGCCUCCCCAAGUAUUUUGUUCUUCGAUCAUGUUGGCCAGAAACAGAACUUCACCAUCACGGUGAAAGUAAGAGGUGAUAAGACGCUGAUCAGCAAGCUUGCAAAGGAUGAGUAUGCUUUUGGGUGGUAUUCUUGGACUGACGGAUAACAUAUUGUAAGAAGUCCAAUGGCAGUGUCUUUAGCAUAAUUAUAUGAUUUUCUUAGUAACUUGUAAAUUUAAUUUGAUGGUUCUUAGCCAUAGAGAAGGAGGUUAAAAAAAA